AUGGGUGUACCGACACCCCCCACCCUGCGUCUUCCAGCGGGGAAGUUUGACCCCUUCCAGGACAGAGGGUUCCCGAGAAGGGACACAUGCGAGGUAGCAGAAAGGGCAGCAGCCCGCGGCCCAGCCCCGGCGGCAGCCUGCUCCGUGAGGGUCCUGGCGACAGAGACCAGCUCGCAGCAGGAGCGGCUCCAGGCCAUCGCAGAGAAGCGGAGGCGGCAGGCAGAGAUUGAGAACAAGCGCCGGCAGUUGGAGGACGGCCGGAGACAGCUCCAGCACCUGAAGUCCAAGGCGCUGCGGGAGCGAUGGCUACUGGAGGGGACGCCGUCCUCCGCCUCCGAGGGGGAUGAGGCCAUGCGGAAGCAGAUGCAGGAGGACGAGCAGAAGGCCCGGCAGCUGGAGGAGUCCGUGUCCAGGCUGGAGAAGGAGAUCGAGGUGCUGGAGAAUGGAGAGGGGGUGGUCCCCCUCACCAAGGAGAAUGCAAUGACUGCGGCCCCCAGCCCGGCCCGGGCCCCUGCCCCCAGCCCAGCCAAGGAGGAGCAGAAGGCAGAGGUGGUGCUGAACUCGAAGCAGACUCCUGUGGGCACGCCCAAAGAGAAGCGCCCCAUCUCCAACACGCCCGUGCGGACGGCUGAUGGCGGAGCCAUGAUGAAGGCAGCCAUGUACUCGGUGGAGAUCACGGUGGAGAAGGACAAGGUGACCGGGGAGACCAGGGUGCUGUCCAGUACCACCUUGCUCCCCCAGGAACCGGUCCCUCAGGGCAUCAAGGUCUACGAGGAUGAGACUAAAGUGGUCCAUGCUGUGGAUGGCACCGCAGAGAACGGCAUCCACCCGCUGAGCUCCUCUGAGGUCGACGAACUCAUCCAUCAGGCAGACGAGGUGACUCUGAGUGAGGCUGGAUCCACGGCCGGGGCAGCAGAGACCCGGGGGGCUGUGGAGGAGGCCGUCCGGACCACACCUUCCAGGCGGGAGAUCACUGGGGUACAGGCACAGCCGGGGGAGGCCACGUCGGGCCCGCCGGGGGUCCAGCCUGGCCAGGAGCCCCCAGUCACCAUGAUCUUCAUGGGCUAUCAGAACGUGGAGGACGAGGCUGAGACCAAGAAGGUGCUGGGGCUUCAGGAUACCAUUACAGCAGAGCUGGUGGUCAUUGAGGAUGCCACCGCGACCACCACCGCCGAGGCCAAGGAGCCCGCACCACCCAACGGCAGUGCCGCCGAGCCCCCUGCCACCACGGGCUCUAGGGAAGAAAACCAGGCAGGGCCCGAGGGCACCGUCAGCGACCCCCAGGACCUGGACAUGAAGAAGCAGCGUUGUAAAUGCUGUUCGGUCAUGUGAGCCAGCCCGGCCCCCCAGCCCCUGGCCCCGCCCUCUGAACCACCAACACCCACCAGCCCGGCCCCUCUUGGCGCCUGCCCACCCUUCACCUGCCACCUCACGGGCCCCAGGACCAGUGGUGUGGUCACUUCCUCCUGGUUUUUCUUUCAUGGGAAAGAGGGACAGGGACACCCCCACCCCAGCCCCAUCGCCACCUCCCCAACACCCACCCUGAUCCACUGAGCCGGGCGCCUGCGCCUGGUGGGAGAGAGACGAACAGACCCGGACCACCCCCCACCCCCAUCGUGGCAGCUUCACAGAUGCGGCGAACGUCCCCGCUGUCCAGGCGCUGUGACCGGUGGCUGCGAUGUGGCCUCUGCCAGCCUGCCACCCUCUGGGGUGCCUUCCGGUGCCUUCAUGCUGUUCCCGGGAGAGGGUCUCUGCCAAGAAGCCCCUGGGUUGUUGGCGAAGGCACUGGUUUCUCUGCCGGGCACUGGGUUGAGGCUGUGCCUUUUAGCAGUUUCAAGGGAACGCCAGGCUCAAGGUCUUGCAACGGAGGAUGGGCCCCUCUGGGCAUCCCCAACCUGAUGUGCCCCUGUUCCCCGUGCCCUCCCUGACCCCAUCCAGUGGAAGCUGGGCCUUGGAUGAUAGAGCUCUGAGGCACCCCACACACCCCAAUUCAAGCGGGGUCUGUAGUCCCAGGCUGCCUUCUGCAUGGGCCUGGCCAGGGGUCCUCCCGUUGUCUCCUACCCAAGGCAGGGAAACCACGUGAGCCACUUCAAGUCAUGAGCUCCCACCCCUAUUGGGCCCUCCUUCCUCCUGGUGCUAAUUUGGGGACGCUGGGGGGCACCCCCUGGCCUCUUCUCCAGUCUGGUUGGGCCAGGGUCCUGGGCAUCCCACCCGACCACCCCCCAGAGACCAGGCCCUACCGGCCAGCCCUACUGGGUUUAGAGCAUUUGCGGGGAUUGGAGUGGGGUGUACACAGCCUGGCAGGGAGGGUCCCAGAGCAGUAGAUCCCCCUCAUUUGCUGCCCAGCCUGGGGUGAGCCUGCUCCCUGCCCACCUCACACUGGAAGGGGUGGGGGGCUGCCCUGCAGGGCCAGCCAGCACUUGGCGUGAAUUCACGUCUCCCUGGGCACAGCCACCGUCAUUCCCAGAGGCACACUCAUGCACCUUCUCACGGACAUCCUCCUCUCACGUGCUGGCUUUGAACCACCAGGCCCCAUCUUGCCCCCUUCCCCAGGAGUCCCUGGUCUGGUGCCCAGGGCCCAGGCCACCUCUUGGUCCAGCUGCCACACCCAGUCUGCGCAGGGGCAGGGGCAGGGGCAGGGGCCACUCUAACCUGAAUCUGGUCCCAGUUUCAGUGCAGCCUCUUGCUGGCUGGGAGGCGAGCUCGCUCGGAGAGGGGCAGUGGCUGCGACCCGUCCUCUCCUUCCCUGGAGCCUGCCCCAGUCCCUCGAGCUGUGAGCCUCUGCUGAGGUGCCCUUGCUGCCCGCUUUCUGCUUUUGAUGUGCGACAGGGCCCCCAUGUCCUUGACUUUCCCAGAGAAGCAAAUAAACAGUGUGAACAGCGA